UCCUGGACCUGCUGAACGGCACCAGCUACGAGUACGACCUAGCGUGCGACUGGAACGACACGAGCGACAUCUGCAACAUGACCAACUCAACGCUAGACGGCGCGCCCGCGGACGACUACGGCCUCGUCUUCCCCCUGCCGUUCGCCAUCUUCAUCAUCAUGUGCAUGGUGGUGCUGAUCGUGUUGACCGUGGGCGGUAACCUGCUGGUGCUGCUGGCCUUCAUCUGCGAGCGCACCAUCCGCCAGCCGUCCAACUACUUCCUGGCGUCGCUGGCAGUCACGGACGUGCUGAUCGGCUGCGUGUCAAUGCCGUUCUACACGGUGUACGUGCUGCGCGGCUCGUGGAACAUGGGCCCAAUCCUGUGCGACCUCUGGCUCUCGGUCGACUACACCGUCUGUCUGGUGUCGCAGUACACUGUCUUGCUCAUCACCAUCGACCGGUUCUGCUCGGUCAAGGUCAAGAUCGCCGCCAAGUACCGCAACUGGCGCACCAAAAGCAAGGUCAUUUGGAUGGUAACAGUGACUUGGAUCAUCCCCGCUCUCCUGUUCUUCAUCUCGAUCUUCGGCUGGGAGCAUUUCAUCGGCUACCGGGACCUGGCCGAAGGCGAGUGUGUGGUGCAGUUCCUAAAGGACCCCGUCUUCAACACGGCGCUGAUCGUGUUCUACUACUGGCUGACGCUGGUUGUACUCAUGAUUUUGUACGCGGGGAUCUAUCAGACUGCCUACGAAAUGCAAAAGAAAGCGGCCGCCAAGCAGAAGCAGAUGAAGAAGGCGAUGGGAGGGCUGGGGGGCACGACGACGGGCGCCGGCUCAGGGGCGCCGACCAAGAGCACGGCCGCCGUCAGCACGGUGGUCAAGGCGGCCGCCAGCAAAAGCACCAAGGCCAACGGCCACAAGGAUCCAGGCAAGGACUCCGGCAAGGGCACCACGGCCCGCCGAGGAAACCAGCUUCUCCAAGCUGCCCCAACGGCCGUCACCGCCGCCUCGAAUGGCAACAAGAUGGUCGCCGCCCAGCCGGCCGCCACAGUGGUGACCGCCCUCAAAUCGGAAACACCGGCGGUGAUCACCAACGGCCACCUGGACGUGAUCCGCGAGGGACACUCGCUCGAGCCCAUCGCGCCGCCGGCCAUGUUCGCCGACGGCCAGCCGCUGCGGCCCGAUCACCUGCUGCUGAAGCGGCAGGCGUCGGAGGAGCGCGAGCGACGGCUCAUCUUCACCGGCGGCGGCCCCGGCGGCCUCCACCUGCAAUACGACGUGCACAUCGACCUGGACGGCUCGGAGCUGCGCUACAUGGACGAGAGCUCGCUGCUGCUGUCGCCCUCGUCCGAGACGCCGCCCUCCUCCUUCUGGUACCCGGGCGCGCUCUCGUCGCCUGUGUCGCCGACCAAGACGUUCGAGGCGGGGACGGCGGCGCCGGGCCGGCCGCCGGCCGAGCCCUGGAUCAGCCUGGAGAGCAGCUCGGAGGAGACCACCUGCCGGUCGGCGUCGCCCGACCCGCAGCGCGUCUCCACCGGCGUGCAGACCAUCGGUCGCAUGAACGGCACCGAUCGGCCGCCCACGCAGCGCACGCCGCCGCAGUACAGCAGCUCCAGCGGCUGCCUGUCAGAGCACAGCAACGACGACGACCACCUGCCAAAGUGCAGCGGCGCCCGCUACCUCCGUCGUCGCGGCUACCCCAGCAGCGCCGAAAGCCGCUGCAGCGCCGCCGGUGCAGCCGGCGACGGCCGCACCCGCCAAGCCGCCGCCAAGCCGUCGCUCGUGACGGCCAUCGGGCGCAGGCUGCGGCGCCGCGUGAAGGAGAAACGCCACGUCUCCAAGUCGGAGAACCGCGCCAACAAGGCGCUCAAGACCAUUUCGAUCAUUAUGGGCGCGUUCGUGGCGUGCUGGACGCCAUAUCACAUAUUCGCUCUCAUCGCCAGCUUUUGUCCCACCUGCAUCAACGGACACGUGUACAUGCUGGCGUACUUUCUAUGUUAUGCCAAUAGCCCCAUUAAUCCCAUCUGUUAUGCUAUGGCCAACCAGCAAUUCAAAAAGACAUUUAUGCGUCUGCUGAAGGGUGACUUUCACAUCACGUAGUUAUGUGUUGCUGUUAGUGUUAAUUUGGAAUGUGCGGUGUCGUAGCAGUUCUUCUUUGCCAUCUGUAUGAACAGGUGAAAGGCUUUGCGACGUGUCAAACCUCUCCCGAUGCCACACUGCUCUCAGCUGAUCUCAAGAAUGCUUAAGAUAAUUAGGAUGCGAUGUGUAUGUACUCACCCGCCCGUGUGCAUACAUGCGUGUACACCUGUGCGAUUAUCUGAGCAACUAUUGUUUGUACAAACGCUUGCGUAUAGGUGCAUUCGUGUAUAGUGAUGUAACGGCGUAUGAUGUACUGCUUGU